CACCCCGCUGGAAGGCAUGGAAGAGGAGAUGGUUUGUACUGCGCAGCGGCCGUUUAACAGGGGAUCCAGAUGUAUUGGAAUACUACAAAAAUGACCACGCCAAGAAGCCUAUCCGUAUUAUUGACUUAAACUUGUGUCAACAAGUGGAUGCUGGAUUAACAUUUAACAAAAAAGAGUUUGAAAACAGUUAUAUUUUUGAUAUCAACACUAUAGACAGAGUUUUCUACUUGGUGGCAGACAGCGAGGAGGAGAUGAAUAAGUGGGUCCGAUGUAUCUGUGAUAUCUGUGGGUUCAACCCUACGGAUGAGGAUGCUGUGAAGCCACCUGUCAGUUCUUUACAAGCACCUGCUGAGUUACCCUUGCCCAUCAACACUUCACCACCUUCUAUUCAAGCAGAAUCUUCCCUACCUCCUCCUUAUCAGCUUAUUAACAUCCCCCCACUGGAGUCUUCCUCUGGUCAAGAAGAUCCUCAAGACUACCUACUGCUAAUAAACUGUCAGAGUAAAAAACCUGAACCUAUGAAAUCUCAUGCUGACUCGGCAAAAUCCACCUCCUCUGAAACAGACUGCAAUGAUAAUGUACCCUCCCACAAAAAUCCUGCUCCAUCAGUGAGCAAGCAUGCUGUGAAUGGCUUUUUUCAGCAGCAAGGAGUCUAUGACUCUCCACCCUCUCGUACUGGACUGGCGUUGGCAGACUGCAGCCUUUAUAACCUGCCUAGGAGUUAUUCACAGGAUGUUUUACCAAAGGCAGCAUCUCCAUCAGGGACUGAUGCAGAAGGAGAGCAACAUGUUUUCAAUACCCCAUCGGCAGCAUCUUCAUUAGAUGCCCAGAUGAGACACAUCUCCAUUAGUUAUGACAUUCCCCCCACACCUGGAGGUACUUACCAGAUUCCACGAACUUUUCCAGAAGGAACGUUGUCUCAGACUUCAAAGCUGGAGACGAUUCCAGAUAUUCCUCCACCUCGGCCACCAAAACCUCACCACGCUUCAGAUCGAUCUCCUGUGGAAACCUGUAGCAUUACUCGCACUGCUUCAGACACUGAUAAUAGUUACUGCAUCCCUACAGCAGGAGUGCCGCCCUCACGCAGUAAUACCAUUUCAACUGUAGAUUUGAAUAUCUUUCGUAAAGAAAUUAGUUCUCAAGACUGUUAUGAUAUUCCACGUACGUUUCCAAAUGACAGAUCUAACUCGUUGGAAGGCUUCCACAACCACUUUAAAAACAGAAGCAUGUUGACAGUGGGAAGUGUUUCAAGUGAAGAACUAGAUGAAAAUUAUGUCCCAAUGAAUCCCAACUCUCCUCCACGACAGCAUUCCAGCAGCUUCACUGAACCCAUCCAGGAAACAAACUAUGUACCAAUGACACCAGGCACGUUUGAUUUUCCGUUAUUUGGAAAGCAAGUCCCUCCUCCCGCUCACAUGGGUUUCAGGUCCAGUCCAAAGACCCCUCCUAGACGGUCAGUACCUGUUGCAGAAUGUGAACCACCACCAGUGGAUCGGAACCUCAAACCAGACAGAAAAGGUCAAAGCCCUAAAAUUUUAAGACCUAAACCACAUGGUUUAGAGCGAACUGAUUCACAAACCAUAGGUGACUUUACUACAAGAAGAAAGGCUAAACCAGCUCCGCUAGAAAUAAAACCUCUGCCUGAAUGGGAAGAAUUACAAGCCCCAGUUAGAUCUCCUAUCACCAGAAGUUUUGCGCGAGACUCCUCCAGGUUUCCCAUGUCUCCCAGACCGGAUUCAGUUCAUAGCACAACUUCCAGCAGUGACUCGCACGACAGUGAAGAGAAUUAUGUAUCCAUGAAUCCAAAUCAGUCCACUGAAGACCCAAAUUUGUUUGGUAGCAACAGCCUUGAUGGAGGAAGCAGUCCUAUGGUAAAACCUAAAGGAGAUAAACAAGUGGAAUAUUUAGAUCUGGACCUAGAUUCUGGGAAAUCUACCCCACCUCGUAAGAAAAAGAGCAGUGGUUCAGGCAGCAGCGUGGCAGAUGAAAGAGUUGAUUAUGUUGUGGUUGAUCAGCAGAAAACACUAGCACUGAAGAGCACGCGAGAGGCAUGGACUGAUGGGAGACAGUCUACAGAAUCUGAAACACCUACUAAAAGUGUAAAAUGAAAAUACCGCUUUUUCUUCAAAGAACGGGAAGAAGUGAAUUUUGAAGAAUGACAGAACCACAAUGGCCGUGUUGAUUGACUGUACAGUACUUGACGAUUCACUGGUGUGUGAAUAGGUUCUUGCCCGAAUUAAGAUGGAAGCCAAAGGAUGCUUCAAAUAUAUCAGAGGAAUUUUAAGAUCCUAAAUUGGCUCUGUGGUCUCUGGAAAAUUUGCAACCUGUAAAUAACAUGUAAAAUAGUAUCGCUUAGCUUUCAGAAAACCUUUCGUUCCGUAGUUAACACAUUUGUAGUAUUACUAUGUUUAUGCACUUUUUCAGUUACAACGUUGGUUCAGGUAUUCCCAGUUAGUGUACCUUAAUGCCUAAUUCAUCUGGAGAAUUUUUUUCCUUACACUACUAUUCCUUACAAUUUUAGGUUAAUUAAGCUACUUGUAGAUAUGGGAAUUAAUGUUUGAACUUCAUUUUAACAACUUAAAUUUGAUUUUGCGGAAAUACUUUCACAAUUGAAUAAUCUACUUGAAAUGUCAAGAGAUGACCGGUAGUUAAAUACUUGUUUAUAUUUAAUAUACACAAGAUUAUUUGGAAGUCUGCAGGUUACCUUCCUAACAAAAAUUGCUGUGAGUUAAUAAUAAUGAACUAUACUGGGUCUAGACCUACAAUCCUGGCUAAUAUGUUAGUUGUUAGUGGUGGAACUUCUAUUGUAUUUUAUUAAUGACAGUGUUCUCUGUUCAAUGGGUGAAGAUUCUGCAGGGUGGGAUCUUACACUUUUUAAGACUGAAUAAUUAAAUAUCAAGUAAGCCUGCAAACCACUGAUGGCAUGCAGUAAUAUUGUGAUCUCACACUUGUUAACAAGAAAUAACCUUUAUAUUAUUUACAGAAGGUAGAGUAUAUAAAUCAGGUACGUACCAAGCACUAUUGUGCUAAUACACUGAUCAGGUUUAGACAGUGAGCUUUAGUUUUGUACUAUUUAGAAGUUCUAGUGUCAGUUUUCAGUUUGAGAUUAAUGGGACAGUUUGACAUUCACUGUUUAUAGUACUAGCAAAAUACUGUGAUUUUGAAUUAGACAUUAAUUCAAAUGGAAAUACUAUGUUUUGACACCAUAGUGCCCUUCUUACGAUCUUUAUUUUACUUUAAUCUCCUGCUUGGCCUUAUAUUUAAAUCCCUAUGCAACUGAUAUUUUAUAUCUCUGUUUUUAAAAAUUAGAUGUUAUAUCUAAGUGAUCCCCUUGUAAACCACUUGUUGAUCUUUCCUGGUACAGGAUUUUAAGCUGUGUAUACUGUGAUCCUUUAUUUUACUAUGCCAGUUCCAAAUAAUAAUCUGCCUUGGUUUA